ACCCUCGCCGCCCACUUCGCCGCUGCACGCAUUGUACUAUCCUUCCGCUGGAUGGUUGCGUACUGAACUUACAACUCACCUUCCACAUCUGCCGCCUCACAUCCCGCCACCAACCAUGUCAGGCAUCUUCAGGCAGUCCAUCAACCUUGGUCGCCUGUACAGGCCGACCUACCAGAUAUCGACCCGCGGUCGCUCGCUAUCAUUAAGACCUGCAUCAAUUCCGCGACCAACAUAUGCAUACCAGCGCGUCCGCCGUUACGCCACCCAGCCUGAGGAGCCUCGCGACAAGGAUGAAGCCAAGGACAAGACUCCCGGCCAGUCCGCUCCCGGCAUGGAGCACCUUUACAACAAGGGCGGCCCUUUGACAAACGAGAAGGCUGCUUCUGAGUCCGCCCGUCCCGGUUUUGCAAAGCUCACACCAGAGGAAGACAAGGAGCUUAUGGAGGUCUUUGGUCAAAUCAAGAAGGGCAUGCCUGCCUCCAUGGCCGAAGAGGUAGAAAAGACUUUCCAAAAGAUGCGUCAAGAUGGUAUCCCUCAGGAGCUCCGCGACACUAUGGAUGAGGUCAAGAAGGGUGUCAUGACUCCCGCCAUCGCUGCUCGUUUGUGGCGUCAGGUGUCCUCCAUGGCCAGAAAGACCGCCGAGAGCGACAUCAAGGCCGACGGCAAGGGUCCUCAACAAAAGUCUGGUGCCCACGAUCCUGGCGCCGGAUCCAAGUCCAAGUCUAACAACAAGGGCGAGGAACGCGACGGCCAACAAUUUAACAUCAAGGAAAUCAAGCUCGACAUGAACAGCAUCAUCCUCUCCGCCUUCACCUCAUACCUCCUCUACCGCUUGGUCGUCCCCGGUGAGAACUCGCGCGAAAUCACAUGGCAAGAGCUGAGAAACACUUUCCUCGACAAGGGUCUUGUUGAGAGACUUGUCGUGGUCAACAACAACAAGGUUAGAGUACAUGUCCACCAGCAGUCUGUUGCUGCCAUGUACCCCGAAAGCCCCGCUGCUCACGGAAACUUCUACUACUACUUCUCCAUUGGCUCUGUUGAAGCCUUUGAGCGCAGACUCGACGAUGCGCAGGCCGAACUUGGUAUCCCAUCAUCAGAGAGAAUACCCGUUCAGUACAGCCGCGAGGUUUCAUGGGCCGACACAGUUUUGAGCUUUGGUCCCACCAUUCUCUUCAUUGGUGCGAUCUUCUGGCUUUCAAGGAGAGCCGCUAGUGGAGCCGGUGGCGGUGGUAGUGGUGGCAUCUUUGGCAUGGGCAAGAGUCGUGCCAAGAAGUUCAACCACGAAACCGACGUCAAGGUCAAGUUCGCCGAUGUCGCUGGUAUGGACGAAGCCAAGGUCGAAAUCAUGGAGUUCGUCAACUUCUUGAAGGAGCCUGAGAGAUUCCAGAAGCUCGGAGCAAAGAUUCCUAGAGGUGCUAUCCUUUCUGGUCCCCCCGGUACUGGUAAGACUCUGCUCGCAAAGGCAACCGCUGGUGAGUCUGGUGUGCCGUUCUUCAGUGUCAGUGGUUCAGAGUUCGUCGAAAUGUUCGUUGGUGUUGGUGCCUCGCGAGUACGUGAUCUGUUCCAGAAUGCUAGAAAGAGCACACCGUGUAUCAUCUUCAUUGAUGAAAUCGAUGCUAUCGGAAAGUCAAGAUCGAAGCAAAACUUCGGUGGUGGCAACGAUGAGAGAGAGGCUACGCUCAACCAGAUUCUUACGGAGAUGGACGGUUUUGCCAGCACUGAACAGGUCAUUGUCCUUGCUGGUACCAAUCGCGCAGAUGUCCUGGAUCAGGCUCUUAUGCGUCCCGGUCGUUUCGACAGACACAUUUCCAUCGACAAGCCCACCAUGGAUGGUCGCAAGCAAAUCUUCGCUGUCCACCUGAAGAACAUCGUAACAAAGGAGGAUAUCGAAUACCUCAAGGGUCGUUUGGCAGCACUUACUCCUGGAUUCUCUGGAGCAGAUAUUGCCAACUGCGUCAACGAAGCCGCUCUGAUCGCUGCUCGUGGUGGCGCUGACACUGUCAAGAUGAUCCACUUCGAACAAGCUAUCGAGCGCGUUAUUGGCGGUCUCGAAAAGAAGUCGUUGGUUCUCUCGCCUGAGGAAAAGCGCACAGUUGCAUACCACGAAGCUGGUCAUGCCAUCUGUGGAUGGUACUUCAAGUACGCCGACCCUCUGCUCAAGGUCUCAAUCAUUCCUCGUGGCCAGGGAGCUCUUGGUUAUGCCCAGUACCUUCCUUCAGGCGACACCUACCUCAUGUCUUACCUCCAGCUUCUUGACCGCAUGGCCAUGACUCUUGCUGGACGUGUGUCUGAGGAGAUCCAUUUCGAGACUGUUACAUCUGGAGCAUCCGACGAUUUCAACAAGGUGACUCGCAUGGCUACUGCCAUGGUCACCAAGUGGGGAAUGUCACAGAAGGUCGGCUACCUCUACUGGGAGGACGACCCAAACCAGCUCACCAAGCCCUUCUCGGAGGAAACCGCCCGCAACAUCGACCUUGAGGUCAAGCGCAUCGUCGACGAAGCCUACAAGCAAUGUCGCGAUCUCCUCGAGGAGAAGAAGAAGGAAAUCGGCAUUGUCGCUGAAGAGCUUCUCCGUAAGGAGGUUCUCACUCGCGACGAUCUCGUCCGCUUGCUCGGCCAAAGACCUUUCGAGGACAAGGGCGACUUUAGCAAGUACUUUGGCGGCCGUGGUGACCGUGAGGGUCCCGGUGCCGGUAUCCCUGGUAUCCCCGAGAAGUCAGAUGGACCCAUCCUCCCUCCUGGCUCGCAGAACCCUGCACCCGUGGUGUUCAAGGACCUGAAGCAAUAGAAAAUCUCAACCAGUUCGCUUCUUUUUUCCCAUGUAUAGAAUGAACGAACCUGGAGUUUCGGGACGGACAGGGGCAUUUUGGCGUUCUUUUUCGGCAUCUUUUUGUCUUUAUAUUGCGCAUAGCGGAUUCCCUUUCUUUUGUAUUAUUAUUCUUUCCUCCUCAUCUCCUCCCUUCUCCAGUGUACAGAAUCGUGUGUGCGGCGUAGCUGAGGCGUCAGUCGUAGGAUAGGCUCUGCACAAAUCAGCGGUAAAUAGUUCCUUGCUCCACUCUUCCAAAUUCAUCAUAUUAUGAUCAG